ACACACAAUACAAUCUCCUGAGAAAAAGAGACACCGUUUAUUGGAAUUCAAAUAGAAAUUUCCAAGACUCCAAUUAUUCCUGAACUACAGUAUAGUAGAAGAAAAUGUUGUCCUCCAGUGAUAUUGAAUGUUGCUCUAUAUGAAAGACAUUCUCUUGAACAAUUUCUUGCUAGCCAAAAGAACAAUGCUAACUAACUGACCCAUUACAGGAGCCGUCCAAACUGGAGUCCUUAGAAUAAUAACUACAUUUAGAGUUCAACUUUCACUCGUUCACCAAAGCAAUACACUCCUACUCAUCGAGGCUAAUUGGAAAAACGACUUCAGUGUGCUAGGGAACAUAAAGUUUGGACUUGGAUCUGGAGUUGUUUUAAUUGCCUAGAUAAAGGUUUAGUAAUGUUCAAAUCAGUAUACUGCAUGAUUUUUAACAUUAGAUAAAUGAGAUCUGACUCAGCACAAGUUUUUUAGUGAACGUUCGUGACAAGAGGUACAACCACAAAAACCUUCUGGGUUCCUCUUAAGAAUCAGCCACCAGCCACCAGCAAAACUACCAAUACAGGUGUCAGUGACUUCCUCACAGUGAAGAACAUUGAAGCUGCAGCACAGCAGAAGACCAAGAAAAUUAUUUCAUUAUAAGGUUUACUGGAUCUCUUCAGCUCAGUGAAAAUGCCGCUACCUGCUAUCAAAACAGACUCGAAGUCACUCGGGAUUGUCCAGAUGAUGAUCGGAGUUGUGAUACUUUCAUUCGGUUCUCAGUUAAACGAUGCUCAGCCUUUGUGUGUCCGUUCCGGAGCUGUGUACUGGGGGUCAAUUUGUUUUCUAAUCGCUGGUUCUCUGUCGGUUUCUGCCGUGGAUCAUCGUAAUCCCUUCGUGGUGAAAUCCUCGCUGGUGAUGAACCUUCUCAGCGCUCUGGCUGCAGUUCUAGUCAUCAUUAUGUUGUCUGUUGAUCUGAGGGAAUUUUCUUCAUUAAUUGGAAUAAUUGGUAUCCUUGAGUUAAUAAGACGUACAUUCGUAGUGCUCCUGCUUUUCUCUAUACUUGAGGUCUGCAUGGCCAUCCGGACGUUUGUACUUCUGUGGAAAUCCAGAGACUCCACUGACGCUAUAGUCACACCUUAGGUGAAAGAUUGACAAUCUACGUGAGGAAAACGUCGACUCGCCUCAAUGCGUCUGCAGAGCUUUGUUUUCUAUGUUGCAUGAUUUUUUCACAUAUAUUCUUUACUGAUUUGAGAUAAUAAAUGCACUUCAUGUGUAUCACUGCAUCGCUUAGCAGCUGUCACAUGUCCUGAUUUUAUUGCUUUAUUGUUUUUAAAAUGAAAUAAAUAGAAUAAAACACA